AUGUUCACCGACAAUGGACCCCAGUUUUCCAGUGCUGAAUUCAAACGCUUUUCAGCAGAUUGGGACUUCACACACACCACAUCGAGUCCCCACUAUCCUCAGUCAAAUGGAUUGGUGGAAAAUGCUGUGAAAAUUGUCAAGAACAUGAUCCGCAAUACAGUUAACAGUGGCCAAGACAUCUAUAGAGCUUUGCAGAUUUAUCGCAGUACACCACUUGAGUGCGGGAAAUCCCCAGCAGAGCUGCUGUACAACACAAGAAUUCGUUCCAAUCUUCCCAUGGUGGACAGCUUGCUUGGUUUUAAACAUCUGGACAGUAAAGCAUUCAAGCAAAGAAAGGACGCACAAAAGGAAAAACAAAAUGGUGGAUCCCGUGACCUUCCUCUACUUCAAGUAGGAGAUACCGUGAGGCUGCUGGAUACGACUAAGAAUAUGUGGUCUCAGGGCGGAGUAGUUACAGCCGCAUUGCCAAACCGUUCAUAUCAAGUAGAUACAGGCAAUGGCACGAGACGUAGUAAUAGGCGGCACUUGAGAGUUGCUUCACAACCGCCACAGCAGUGUGACUUCAUCGAGCCAUCAUCAAAAGAACAGGAUUUCGAAACAACCACGACCGCAACAGCAGUUGAGCCGAACAACAACGACAUCACUCAACCAACAGCUACUAUGACCAGGAGCGGACGAGUUGUUAAGCCACCGAUAAGACUUGAUCUAUAA